AUGGCCAAAAGUUUGCGGUCAAAGUUCAAGCGCAGGGUCAGGGCUGUCGCCAGAGUGAAAAAAGAACCUAAAGCGGCAGCUCUCCUUCAAAAAGCCGUUGACAGACGUCAAGAAUACGAAGCGGAAGAAGCUGGUAAUUUUUGAAGUUCAGAAUAUUCUAAUUUUCUUCAUUUUUAGCGAAAGAGGCCGCUGAGCCGAGCACAGCCGAAAAAGUAGCUGCACCAGAAAAGGUAAUCCCACAUGGUUUCUCAAGAUCAACUAUUAAUAUUUAGAUGGAUGACGGAACGGAAAAAGCCGGCAUCAGCCUUAAAACGCUGAAAAAACCAGAUGGCACUUAUCCUGCAUGGGUUAACUCAAAGUAAGAAAUACAAAUAAAGCUUCAAUUAAUUUUUAAACAUUAAGGAAGAAGCAGAAGCUGAGUAAAAUCAACAAGAACGCCAAGAAGAAUAAGCAAAAGAAAAGGGGCCGGUGA